AUGUCGAACCUCGCAGAUGUUCGAGAAGCAAAAUUAACUGCUACUCAUUUACUAAAAAAAAGCAAACACAAAGAGGGUUAUUUUGUCUCUUAUUACACCAAAAACAAAGAAAAAUAUCUACUAGCACAAAAGAAAUAUCGUGCUAAACUAAAAUCCAACCAACCCCCUAAACCUCUUUCUGAAUUUCAACAAACCAAACAAAAACAACUUUUAAAGUUAUUAGUUAAUCACCGCUCAUUUGUUCCGUGGACUAAAUUAGCUAAAUUAUUCAGGUGUGGAUAUAUUACUAGUCCCAAAGGUCAUAUUAGGAUACCGGUUCCAGUUAGAAGUUUGGGAGGUUUAAAAACUGGCACUCUUUACUACCAAAACCAAAAAAUAGGCGAUGCUAAACUAAGUGGGGAAGUCAUGUUGCCUAAUCAGGCUUAUUAUGAUAAAAGUGAGUUCUUUACUUAUUUACAAGAAAAAAGCGGUAUUGAAUACUUAACGAUUAAAGAACACUUUAUCCAGUUAAAAACCAAGCCAAAAAACCUUACAGAAAAUGAUUAUAACACCAUUAAAGAAACCUUAUAUAUUCCGGUGAAAGAACCACCUUGA